AUGGAUACAAGGGAUAUACCUUCCACUCGUAGUGGAACUGAGGAUCCCAAAAGAGUGGGCUUUACAUACCGCAAUGUGCAGAAGAAGUUAGACAGCAUGGUAUAUCAAUCUGUGGUGGAUACAAUAGACAAGUGGGACUUUUUCCCAUAUCCAUUAUGUACACGCCAGCAAUUAGAAGAAGUAGAUCUCUACAUGGUAGCCUAUCGCAACAGGGAGGAUACACUGACAGCGGCCAAUACGGCAAAGGAAACAGAGGCGGCAAUAGAAACGGCAAUGGAAGUCCACAAUCCUGCAGAAGAGAUCGUGGGAGUGGUGGGUGUUGUUUGGGUCCCACUCACACCGGGUGAACACUUGGAAGGUUACAUUCAAGUCGUAUUGGUGGAACCGCAAUUUCGUAAAUGUCGGAUUGCCCGUCAUUUGUUAGAGCGAACAUUGAAAAUGCGUGAAGGGGGAGAUCCACGCAGGCAAAUACUCCGAUGGCGUCUACACACCAUGUCCCCAUCACAAAAUACCACUCAAUAUCUUCGAUCGCUGUUGAAUUCCAGUUUUACACGAAAAAAUAUCACGUCAGGUGAGAAAGAAGAAGAAGAAGAAGAAGAAAAGGAAGAGAAGAAACAACAAAUGGAUCAAGUGGAGGAGUUAUUAGCGGCAGUUCCGCGAGUGUAUGAGAGUUUUGGAUUCACUGUGAGAAGAUAUGUGUACAACUACUAUGAGAGGUCUGCAGAUGCGAUGGAGAUGGUGAAAUGUGUGGAGGGCGUGAGAAAGCGGCGCUGA